AUGUUCAAGCUUGCACGGAGGCCUUUCAGUCAAAAUAAGAAGAUGGUUAAGGCGAGAGAUUGCUAUUCUGUCUUUUACAUCGGUACAAAGGGAGGACUAAAUGCCAAAAAAGAGAAAAGUUUUUUAAAAAAUGAUGCUUUAAAACAGUUCGAGUAUCUUUGUGUUUACGGGGAGAAGGGAAUAACUGCGGCCGAGGCUGUGAAAAGAGACGGUCGCUUCGUCGAUGACCUGGGCUACUUUGAGCUGGUUAACAUCGACGACGAACGUAAGACUGAGUGCACAGACAUAAUCGAUUGUCUGGACAAUAAGAAAUUCCAGAUAUGUUUUCCACAGGGAGCAGAUACGGAUGUAGCCAUCCCAGGGCAGCAGAAACCUCCACACGCAUCAAAUAAUGCAAAGCGCAGCGGCGGAAUGACAUCGGUCUUAGAUGUAGCACGACAGAACGGAUUGAGUCUAAAAAUGGCAAUCAAAGAAACGGGCAGCAGCAUUGACCGUAAGGAGGUUUACGAUCUACUUUGUCAGCAGUAUCCGCCUCUGAAACGAUGGAUGGAGAGUAGAUUCCCUAAAAAUUCUUUUCAGGAAGCACUGAAAUACAGGAAGGAGAUCUUUGGAAAGAGCCGACAGCCUUUUACUGAAAUUCGCAGUCUUGUGUUGCUGCUCGAACUGAGCGAGUCAGUUUGUCUCAUAUCUGGUUCCUUCAUAAAGCGAGGCACAGGCUUUGUGCUAUUUGACGACUUUGUCUUGACCAACGCCCACUUAUUCGACUACUGGGUUAAAUCAAACACACCUAACUGGCGUGAAUUUAUAAACGUUACCGUGGUCUUUAACUUUGAAGACCAAGAGUCAGACAGGAACAACCUCAGCGCUAAGGUGUUCGUCGGCAACGAUAAGUUAGAUUAUGUCAUACUUAAGCUUGAAACAGAGAAAGUGCCGCCGGGGCUCCUUAAGAGAUUUGGGCCUGUACCUUCAGACGGCGAGGCCUGUGUCGUCGGACACCCGGGAGGAGGAGUGAAAAAAAUGAGUCCUACGUGGGUCGUGGAGAAAGAGAGGCGAGAGAAUAAUGAAAAUUUAGAAGACUGCGAGGAAUUUUGCUGUCUUUGUGAAAUUAAUCAGCAGAUCAAAAACGACCCGUAUGAAAAUAUCUACGUCACCUACAACACUCUCAUGUACCACGGCUCUUCCGGCUCCCCGGUUUUCGAUGUCGACGGACGAGUGUUUGGUCUGCACAGUGGCGGGUUUUUCUACGGGUUUCUGAAUCUUAGCGAGUAUGUGAUUGAGUACGCCUUUCCUCUGCUCACUAUAUUUGAAAACUUUGUGGAUAAUCUGAAGAAAGAUGGGUAUGGGGAGGUGUUGGAAAGAGUUGAGGAGGAAGCGAAGGGAAAUCCUCACCUAGAAAACAUUAUAGCCUCUGUUGUGGGGUCAAAGCAAGGCAAACCUGACGCGUUGUUGCAGGAAGUUGAGAGUAAAACGGAUUCUGAGGAGAUGGCUGUGUAG